AUGUUCAACCGCUAUGCACUGGCGCAAGCCGCGCUGCUGUCGAUUGCCUGCGGUUCGCCCGCCCCAACAGCGUUUGUCAACAAUAACGACGCCCCCAAUCCUGCCAUCACCCCGUCUCCAGUUCAAAAUAACCCUUCACCGAUCGUGGAAAGAGGCUUGAUCAGUGAUGCGGAAUCGGCGGCAUCGGAUGUCCAAUCAGAUGUCAACAGUGUUUUAAGCGGACUGGGCUCUGACCUCCCCUCAUGGGUCGCAUCGGGAGUGCCCAACUUCUUCCAGGGGUUUCCCACCGGCGACGCAGUCGCGAGCUCUCUUGGAUUGCAGAGCUCGGAAUUGGCUGCAUUGCCGACCAAUGUCUUGAAUGUUGACCCUUAUGCCAACUGGACCAACUCGGGAUGGAGUGUGCGCUUCCACGGCAAUGUGUACAAACAGCCCAACACCUCUGUCUCCGAUUUGAAUAAACUCGCCGAUGGUUUCCUCGUGAACACCAGUAUCUCCGAUCUGCCCGAGUCUCAACAGGAUCAAGCGCGAAACUUGACGGCUGAGAUCUUUGUCGUCCAACAACCCCACGUUGCCGUGAACACCAUUCACCUCGAGCCGGCCAAGUUCCAGGGUGCCAGUGGACAGCCCGGUGGAGGGGGCUCAUCCAACACAACAGGAGGCACGCAGAAUGUGACAUUGCCCUACAAUACCACCGCCGAGGGUGAUUUUGAUACUUUUGUCGACAUUGCUAGUCAUGGGUUGACUGCCGGAAAUGAGACCUCGGCGAUCCAGCGACUUAACACCUACGUUAAAGGCGCGACAAUUGGGAAUUCCACGGCCUAUCUGGUGCCCCCAAAGGGUCUCACUAUUGUUUCAGACAUUGACGAUGUUCUCCGCAUCACCAAGAUUUACGAGCCGGAAGAAGGGUUGAUCAAUUCUUUCGCCAAGCCUUUUACCCCGUGGCAGAAUAUGCCGGACAUUUAUCGGAAUUGGUCAACCAGUCUCCCUCACACGCAUUUCCACUACCUGACCACAACUCCCGAACAAAUUACCAGAAACUACAUGCAGUUCAUCUACACCAACUAUCCGGGCGGCUCCUUUGACACCCGCCCUCUCAACUUCAGCGAUGUCUCAGCGACCCUCUCCAUUCGCAAGUUCCUUCUGGAAAAGGUGUUUGAAACAUUCCCAGAGCGCAAGUUUAUCCUCGUCGCAGACACCAGUAACAGCGACGUGAUGCGCGAUUACCCCAAAAUGGCAACCGAAUUCCCGGGCCAAGUACAGUGCAUUUUCCUCCGCAACACCAGCGCGACCGAUUCGGGCGACAAGUUCCCAUACGACACUUCCGGAUUCAAGGAUCUGGAUAAGUCGAAGUACAUGUUCUUCUUGAACGCUGAUGACCUCACCAACUUGGACAUCGAGAAUGGAGAGUGCCUCAACAAGAGCAUUCCUCAAAAUGUGACGUUUAGCUACCAGGGGCUGCCAUUGGGACUGAGUAAAGACUCUGGGGCUGCUACCAGUGGUUAUCGCGGAUUUACUGCACUUAUCGUCUCGAUGUUGACAGCUGCUUUCAUGUUUUCUUAG